AUGGAAAUUCAACCAUUGGUGGAGGAUCAAUCUGUUACAUCAUCAUGUUGUGGUCGAUUUUUUGAAAACAAUUUCGUGUAUGCAGUAGAGUCUAAGGGAAACAAAUUACAUUUUUUUCGAUUUGUACCUGAUGAAGAUACAUUUGAAAAUGUCAUGAUUACAUUCGAUGGCGUUAAGAGAAUUAUGAAACUUGUAGUCAUUGAGCUCGAAAAUAUUGCAGUCAAUUACUUGCUAGUCAUUGACAAUGAUUUAAUGUGGUACCUUGUAAAAAUAGAGAACAGAGAAGGGAUUUCCAUUUUGCAUGAGGGAAGUCUUUCUCUCGCUAGUUACAUUUCUGACAAAGUAGAUGCUAGAGAAUUUGAAAAGAAAAUUGAGGAAGCAACUAGGACUGUUUUUCCAAUUUCAUGUUCGAGGAAAAAACAAAACUACUCUGAAGUGAUCUUGUCGAUAUAUAAUCAAUACGUUUAUUACUUUAAAUUUGAAGCAAGCAAUGCGUUCCCUACUUUGGUAGAGAACAAAAUUUUUGAAAUUCGACCUCAGUCGUCAUUUAGUUCCAAAGCUUUGUUUAAAAUUGUGGACUUGAGUUUUCUAAAAAGCUACCUUAGUGAAGAAACAAUAGAGAUUGUUGGUCUUUUACAAGAGUUUGUUGGAGAACAUGAUGACUCUAACUAUUCAUUGCCGGCUGUACCUCAUACAUUUCUAGGAACAUUUGUGUUAGAACUGACAUGCUCUUUGGGUAAAACUGCGUCUUCCAGAGUGUUUAGCGCUGAGGCUUUCCUAAAGGCUGCCAAUGGGCCUUUCUCUGUUUAUAACAUUCAUCCUACUACAACAUGCUUGUUUUCAGACAAUUAUGGAGUGCUAAUCAUGAGUUCCUACGGCUUCUCAUAUUACUGUAGAAAUGGAUUAUUGACCGAUUGUCAAGUCGACAUGGCAAAUGUCAAUAGCUUAGUUUGUCCAUGUCAUGUUGUAUUAUUAGAGGAACAAAGAAAAAAAUGUGGGGCCUGUACUUUUGAACUCUCAAAAACUCUGUGUUGUCUUUAUAGUGACGGAAGCGUUGUGGUCCUUUUUCUUACUUUGGAGCACUCCAUUGCAGCAGAUGUGAAAAAGGCUAAGAUCACAAACAAGAAGGCUGUAAUACCCAAGCAGCAAGUGGGAGAAUUACUUGCAUUUCAUUGUGGCCAAAACAAUUACAAAAUAUUCAUUAGCUCACCCUAUGAAAAUACUCAAACGAAAUGGAUAGAGCUAUCAAUAUUGAAACACAACGAUAUUACAGCUCACGUGCGAAAUUAUUACGACAGUAUUGGAAGCAAUAUCGAUGAAGAACAGCUACCAUGCUUGGGAACAAUCACCCAUAGCCAUUUUCACAAUUUUAAAGGAUCAAGAGACUCAAGGCUAGCUUGUACUUCCUUCUCUGGCUCUCACAAUCAAUAUUGUCAAUAUGUAAGGGGAGCCGCUAGGUUUAGCGUUUGCCAAAUGGGAAGUAGAUUAAUCCCAUUUAUGCCCAUAACUCAAGGAUCCAUUAUUGAGGGCUCUCCUGAAAUCAUUGUUCUUCCUUUGAAAGAUCACUCGAUUUUGUGCUUCUCAUAUGAUAACUGUACUACAUUUUUCUCUACAAAAGAUAUGAGCCCAAUUUCGUUUAAUGCAAUGAAUGGAGCUAAAAAGUUACUUGCCUUAAAGGAAUUUAAGAGAAAUCCCGUAUCUCUCUUUUUUGUUGCAAUUUGGGAGGAUGAGAUUGCUCUCUGUGAAAUUCAGUUUAACACCCAAAAUGUUCAUGUAUUGUUCAAAAGACAUAAUGAUGGAGAAAAGUAUUUAUUUGCAGAAAUUGAGCCAAAUGGACGGAUAUUUGUUUCAAGAAGAAACGAAAUCACAACAUUUGAGAUAAAAUCAAAGCCGCUCUCAGUGGUUGAGGUGUCAACCAAUUCUCUAGAGAACCAGAUUUCCACAAUUUCAAGCUUCAACCAUGAAGGAAAGACUUACUUGAUAGUUGCUUUUUGGAUUGUGAAUUCUGUGUAUAUUAUUGAUGUAGACUCUUGGAGCAUCAUUAUGGAAAAGAAAUAUCAUGAAACUAUUAGAUCUUGCUUGGCAAUUUCGAAUUCUAUCAUGUCAUGUAUUGUGUUAGGAUUUUCUGAUGGCUCCUGCAUUGUUGAUCCAAUAUUUCUAUCACAGCUUGAAGAGCACCGCUUUAAAGUUGGAGAAAGCUCCGUAAAGCUGAGAAGGGUUACAACAGAAAAUUCUGAAGAUGUUAUUUAUUGUAUGAGCAAUCGUGAUUUGAUGAUUGUUCAAGACAGAGAACAAAUUGCAAUUGAUGGACGUAGAGUCCUUAAAACUGUGUUCUUUACUGAAUGCAACCAAAAGCGCUAUGCUGGAAGAAGUAUUGACAUUUCAAAUGUUGUAACUUCUCAAUUUGGUAAUUGUGUUGCUUUACUCAUGGAACAACCUGAGGGUGGAGCAAUUCAAUUUUGUGAAGUGUCAGCAGACAAAAAGCUAAGAUGGAGGUCCAUGAACCUGGAAAAACAAAUGCAAGAGUCCAAUAGUAUUAUUGAGCCCUUAAAAAGUAUAUAUUUAGAAAGAUCAAGCAAAUAUGUUGUUGUGGGAUUGGAACGGUCCUUAGUAGACGAAAGUUUGAAUGCUCUUCUAUUUCAAUGUGUGCUCGAUGAUGACACAGAAAGCCAAUUUUAUCAAGACAAAGUUAUUGAAAUUGGCAAAUACAUGCCUGAGAAAUGGGUUGUGUCUGAAAAGGACAUUAGUACAACCAGCCAUUCCAUAUUAGAUGUAUGUGCAACACGCAUUGAUGGUGAAGAGUACAUUCUACUUGUUUGCCUAACCACUUUUUCACAUUCUUGCACUGUCGAAGAGGAUACUGGAGCAGUGGCAUUGUCUGUGGCUUGGAUCUGCCUUUUAUCUUCGAACAUGACAAAAUUGAAAUCUACAAUAAUUGGAGAACAUCCUGUUCCAUUCCAUGACGAAUCAACAUUUGCAAAGAUACACUCCUUGGAUGAUGAUGGACGGUUUUGUUUGUUGUACAACAACAUGAUACAUUUGGUCAAGCUAGAAAAGAACGGAGAAAAGAUGAAAUUUAAGUUUGUGGAUCGAUACGAGCUGUUAGAUUAUGCCAAAGAAAGCAGUCUCACCUAUCCUGUUUACUCCAAGUAUUUCAAUAGAGCUAGUCCAAUAUUUAGAUCUUUGCACUUUGUUAUGAAUACGGUAGAUAUUGUCAUGGAUGGCUCAGAUGUGUAUCUUACCCUGUGUAGCUUGAACAGUGGUAUUCGAUUAUUAAGAUUUGGAACAGAUUGCAGAAAAAUGGAAGAGUUGUUACUCAUGGAUCGUACCAACACGAACAUGUUACCACUGUCGUGUGUAUUCAUUCCAUCACGCACCCAUAAUCAACAGCACAAAAUUGUGAUAUCAGAUUAUGUUGACGGUGAUUUGAAAGUACUUUCCCUUACUCAACAAGAACGAAGGGGUCAAAGAAAACUUGCCAGUGAAUAUAAAAUCAAAGAGGAAGAUAAGACCAUUUGUUCCCAUUGGAACCAAUUUGAGAACAAUCAUCUCUAUUAUUACAUUGACUUGUUGAACAAGGAAGUGAAGGGUAUUCAUUUGGACUUGGAAAAGACACGCUUGCACCCAUCGAACGCUUCAGUUGAUAAUCACCGCUUGGUUGAAGCAGAAAAAGGCACCCAAUACGAAUUACUGGUUCAAUCAUGCUGUAAAUCCUUUAGUGGAUCUGUGAAGAAUAUUGUUAGAGGACAAUUCGAUCAACACCUUAAUUUAUCGUUGCAUGAUGGUGAUUCCAAAAGCACCCUACAGCAGGAUCACUUUCUAUACGUCACUACGGAAGGCGAAAUUGGAAGACUCUAUACCCAAAGUACUCCAAUGGAAUAG